AAUCUUGACGACGAUCUUGACAUUGCGUGCAAUUCAACGUGCAAAAUUGAACAAAUAAUCUACUGUGCCAUUGGCUGCAACCACGCCCACACCGUCUACGUGGAGCAGGUGAAGGCGGUGCUGGGCACUCCGCCGGCGCCCAAACUGGUCGUCGGCAGUCUGAGCAAUGACUCGAUGGCCGUCGAGUGGGCGGCGGCUGUUUCAGGUUCUCUUCUCAGCGGAGAGCCAAUCACCUACCGCGUGCAGAUGAAGUACAGCAACAUCUCCUCCACGUGGACGUACGCCAUUAGUGAUCUGAAAGGAGGCGGCGGAAACAGAAGUGGAAAUAGUGGCAAUGGCGUUCAGCAAAACCGCCAGCUAGUCCGCGGCCUGAACGCCUACACCUCCUACCAGUUUCGCAUCGAGUGGGUCAUAGUGCCCUGGCUGCGCAUCUCGCUCUUCUCCGCUGUGAGCGAGCCGCUGACGACGCUGCCCUACGGAGUGCCGAGCACGCCCUGUCUGAUCACUUCCUGUCUGGCCAUCAGCGAUCACCAGAUUUCGGUCAGCUGGCAACGGCCGCACUUCCCCAACGGGCCCAUCAUCGCCUACACGCUCUACCUGAAGGACAACUCCACCAGUCACCGGGUUGUGAAGGACCUGCAAAUGCACUCGGAGCAUCAGUAUCAUCAUCAGAACGGAAAACCAUUGCAGAGCCGACAGGCGCCGACGAUGAACUACGUCUUCAACGGCCUCAAGGCGGACACAGAGUACACUGUCUCCAUUGUGACCUUCAACAACUUUGGCGAGGGGCCGCUGGCCGAGCGUCGCAUCAGCACACUUCCCAAGGUGGAAAAAGACGCUGAAAAUGGCAGUGAAAAUGCGCCGCUCAACUCACAGUUGGAGGUAGCACUGAAUAGCAGCAACAACUCUACUGACAAGCAACCAGCCACUUCCACCACCACCACCGCUGAGCCGAUGAAGCUCUUCAUCGCUUCGAGUACCGAGGUCGGCUGGCGGAAUCCGCACUCCCUUUCCGUGGAGGAGAUCAUCUACCACCUGACGGACUAUGCGGAGAAUCACGAGAUCACCGGCAUGGCCAUUCACGUCCGCCAGAAGUACCUCUUUGUGGCCGACUCCAGCGGCACCAUUCGCCGGGUGCUGAUCAAGGAGAACCACAGCCAGGAGAUCAACCAGGUGGUGCGCAUCAUCAACGGCAGCAACAAUCCCAGCCACCUCUCCAUUGACUGGCUCAACGACCGGCUGUACCUGGUGGAGGAUGGGCGCAUCAGCCGCUGCAACCUCGACGGUGAGCAGAUGGAGCCGGUGGUGAGCGGCUUUAGGGGCGGGCUGCGACCGCACGCCAUGAAGGUCGACCCCUACAAUGGCUACCUCUUCUGGCUGGCUGACCACAGCAGUGCCGCCGCAGAGUCGGCCAGCUCAUCCACCACCACCGGCCUGUACCGCGUCGACCUCGCCGACCUGGGAACAGCAUCAGCAGCUCAUGGCGGAACAACUCACCGGCCGAUCAACGCCGCCUCUGCGCAGAUGAUCUACCAGAGCCGGCGGAUCAACACCUUCGCCGUCAGCUACUUCGACUACCGGAUCUACUUUCCGGUUGGGGCGCGCAUCUACUCGAUCACCAUUGACGGGAAAGACGCCGAGGCGAUUCGCGACGAGGUCAACUCCAACAGUCCGGAGACCUUCGUCGACAUUGAGAAUUUGAUCAUCUUUGACCGUCGCCUGUACUUCACCAACGGCAGCAGCAUCUACUCAGAGGACUACCUCGAGGAGGACCGGCAGUACUACCACAACGCCUACUCCUACGACACUGACGCCCGUCUGGUGUCACUGCUUGUGAUGGACAGUCAGGGGCAGCCGUUUCCGGUGCCGCUCAACCCUGUGGAGAAGGUGCAGGCCGUCUUUCUAGAUACCACUGCAAAGAUAUCCUGGGAGAAACCGACCCUUUUCGGCGGUUCCGGCCGAGGCGCCUGGCAAGACUGGCACUACGAGGUGAGCAUCGAGGAGACGGCGACCGGUGUGGUCCACCUCGCCAAGGUCAACAACAUCACCAGCUGCGUGGCGGACGAGCUGAAGCCGAACACCAACUACUCGAUCAAGGUGAGGGCGUGGAGCGCCUCAGGGCGCGGCAGCUGGUCAACGAUGUUCCACGGCGCCACGCUGGCCUCACUCAGCUCACGUGGCGCCAGCACGCCCUACGCCGUGGUGGCCACCCGGGAUGGCGGUCUGCUGAAGACGGACCUCGCUGGAAAGCUGCACUACCGACUACUUCCGCGGAGCAAGCUGAACAGUGGUGGUGGUGAAGCCAUCAGCGAAAUCGCCUGGUACAAGGAGCUGCUCGUUCUCAACACGGAAAACGCGAUCAUGCUGUUCAAUCAGUCGGGUGGUGGCAGCGGUGGCCUGACCCGAAUUGGGAACAUCACCAACGCCGCCUCCAUCAAGGUGGACUGGUACGCCGGAAAGCUCUACUGGUCUAAUCCUUUUGAGCGAAUGAUUUGCCGCUCCAACAUUGACGGCACUCAGCCGGAGAUACUGCCGAUCAUCACGGCGGCCAAGGAGAUCGCACUCGACUCUCUGAAUGGCGUCCUCUACUGGUCAACCAUGUACUCGAUUAAGUACUCGCUGCUGAACGGCGCCCAAAAGUCGCAGGGCGAACUGGUGCGAGCGGCGGAAAUUAAGAGCAUCACCGUGAACUCCGCAGAGCGGCUGCUCUACUGGAUCGCCCUCAACAGCCAGGGCGAGUCGCAGCUGUUUCGCAGCAGCCUACUAGAGCUACCUUUGGCUCCAAUUACUCCAUUGGAACCGGUGGUGAUCACCACACUGCCCGACUGGAGUCUCAUCGGUCCGGUGGCCACCUUCGCUGAUCGCCUCUUCUGGCGGAGCACCGAGAGCAAUGAGGUGAAGAUCAGCGACUCGCAGGCGAGAGCCUUUGCCACCAUUAAGGAGCUGAAGGACGUCAGCGCCUUCAAUGUGAUCGACUACCAGCCGAAUCUGAUCAACGCGACGCGCUGUGUAGUUCCCGAGCCGGUCAACGUUGAGCAGGUGGAGCUUGAGGGCACCUGGGAGAACUUCACCCUCCUCUGGGCGCCGGUGCUCAACGUCAACUACGGCCAAGUCUUCUACGACCUGGUGUUGGAGGAUCACCACCUGAAACGCAUCAACAUCGUCCUCAAUGAGACACGCUACAACUACCCAAAUCACCUGAAGCCGCUAAAACCGUACUCUAAAAUUAAGGUUGCCAUUCGGCCCUUCACCUACUGGGCUUCGGCCAGGCAGGUGGUGCUGACGCUGCACACGCCCGCCUCCAUUCCCUCCAAACCUCGAGACAUUCGAGUCUUCACUGAAAUCAGUGGCAGCCCCAGCAACAGCCAGUCAACGGGCAUCACCGCCGAGGCUCGCUGGCGCCCGCCCGCCGACCCGAACGGCAUCAUUCUCAGCUACACCGUCUCGCUGUGGAACGCCAUGUACAACAACAAGGACAACCUGCGGAGCAAGGUGAUUGAAAACCAGCUUAGCUACCGCUUCGAAGACCUCCUCCCCAAUGCCACCUACUACUUUGAGGUUCGCGCCACCACCGAGUCCGGUGAGGGGCCGCCCAGUGAGGUGUUUCAGUUUAAGACUUACCAGGACGCCUCGCCCUCACGCCUGCUGCUGGCCGAGUCGAACGGCAUUCUGCUGGCCGAUAUGGACUUGCGUCAAAACGAGCUGGUCACCAAGGCGUUGAAUGCUCAGCUGGUGGACUACCUCUACGGCGAGGGCCUCGUCUACUGGCUGGAGGAGGGCAACUUCCUCAAGAGGGCGUCACUUCUUUCCGGGGGGUCAAACUUUACCCUAAUUGCUCAGCUUCACGAGCAAACCACCGGCCUGGCCGUGGACUGGAUCGGCCGUCGCCUGUACCUCUCCACCUUGGACCGUUACCACAACAAGAGCACCAUUUGGAUGCUGGACCUGAGCAGACUUGACGCCCCUACCAACGGCAUCACCAACGAACAGCAGCAGACGCUGCAGACAUCUCCGGCGCAGCUUCGUGUGGUGACCAGUUUCAUCGGCCGGGAGAUCACCUGUCUUCGCGUGAACCCCUUCACCUCGGAGCUGAUCUGGUCAGAGGUGUCCUCCUCGGCUGCCACUCGGCUGGCUGGUGCUGGUCACCAUCAUCCCUUAAUGCAGCAUAUGAUGUUGGCCACGCUGAAGGUGUGCCGCUUGGCAAACUACGGCAGCACCUGCUCCUCCUAUCGUGAUCUAUUCGCCGACGACAAACCCCGACUGCCGAGCCGGAACGAGAAAAAGCACUCGACGGCAUGCAACUGCACCUACAGCACCACCGUGGCCAGGGCUUUCGCCCUGGACUACACCUCAGAAGGCCACUCUGGGAAAAACUCAGCCGACCAGCGCCCCCCUCAUGCCCGCCUAGUGUACUUUGACCUAGAGGGGCGGCAUUUUGCCUCAACCGACCUCGCCGGUUGCCAGUGUCGCCGCCUGACGCCGGCAAUUGCCGGCACGGGCACGCCCACCUCACUGGCACUUGACCAGUCGACGCUGUACUGGAAAAACGACACCAGCGCCACUACAGUCUAUCGCUCUGUCAUUGUCCGAGCCGAUCCGAGCACCGGAGCGCCGACCCUGGCCAGCCAGGUGAUAGAGAAGAUCAGCUACACCGAGAGCACGCAAAUCAACGCUCUAGUCAGCUACAACCGCCUCAAUCAGCCCGGUCCGGCCGACCCGACCUGUCUGAUUCCCCAUAACAUGCAAAGUCGAGUACACCUGGAGGACAACACCGCCUUCAGCCUGACACUUCGCGUCGAGGUGCUGCAGAACGCGUCGUCCAGCACCGAAUGUGGCCCCGACCUGUCGCAGGCCUCGUUGCGCUACCGAACCCGCUACCGAAAGCACUUCGACAAUGUGCACAUUGACUGUCGACGCGACGACGAGACCUCGCAGUGUCAGUCAUUUGACUCCUUCAAUGACACCUUCACCAUCGUCGACCUAGAACCGUACACCAACUACACCUUCUCCAUUGAGCUGGACAACUACUACUUCUCGCAACUGGCAAACCAGCAGAACCUGGCAAACAGCCACGAGUACGUCAGCAGCAUUCGCUUCGACAACAGCUUCGUCUUCAGCACUGCCGAGUCACGACCGGGGCCACCGCGAAACGUCCGCGCCGUCGUAGAGACGCCCGAGAAGAUCCUUAUUCUCUGGGACCGCCCGGAGAAGCUCAACUCCAAUCAGAUCACCUACGAAGUGUGGUGGUACAGCGUGGAGCUCAACCGAAAGUCGGUCUUCCACUCGAACGACCGCACCCGCCAUGGCUCCUACUUCAUGUACCUGGAGAACAUCAAGCCCGGUAAGGAGUACAACGUCUCGGUGCGCGCCUACGCCGACAACCACCAGUUCAUGGAAAGUGCGCCGAUUCGGGUGCGCGCCUACGAAGAGCCGGCGCCCCUCACCGUGGCCCACAUCUCCGCCCGAUCCGUUCACCUUCACUGGGACUCACCGCCGCUGGCCGGCGUCAUUGAGCACCACCAGCUGUACGUGGCAGGGGGCGACGACAGCUCAGCAAACGAUGAGGGCAGUUCCGGCGCCAACUGGACCAUCUUCCUCAAGAACAGCACCCGCCCCAACUCGACGUACGACUUUCGCGUGAACAAUCUGCUGCCAAACACGCGCUACCGCUUUCAGAUGGCGCUCACCUAUGCGGCCACCAAGGCGGUGUACACCUGGCCGCGCCGGCUGCUGGUGGUGAGCACGCUGGCCGAUGUGCCCGAUACGCCCACUAUGCACCAGAUUUCGGAGAUCAGCAACGGCGGCGGCAGUGGGAGUGGCAAUGGCGAUGAGUCCACCAGCAGCAGCUCGCACACGCACAUCUACAAGGUGAGCUGGGACCAGGUGAAGGCCAACGACGGCCUGGACUCGCCCGUCUACUACGCCCUCUACGAGACGCUCUACGAGGAGGGGCCGUACGACACGUCGCUGGAGGAGUCCACUGAGGACUUGAACAGCUCCGAACAGCAGAAUAGCAUUCAAAACCUGGCUCUGCGCUCGGCCGAUUCCAGGUGGAAUCUGGUGUACAACGGCACGGACACCUACUGGGUGAUCACCGGGCUGGAGUCGGGCAAGCAGCACCUCUUCCGCCUGGCGGCCAGCAACAGCAUCGGCCGCUCCAACUACACCUCCACCAAGACGCCCUUCUUUCUGCCCUUUCAGUAUGACCAGGACGAUCUGACGGAGAGUAACGAGAACAUGCUCAUCUUUGUCAUUUCCAUCUGCUCCGCUUUUGUCAUUCUGCUCAUCAUCAUUGCUCUUCUUUCAUUGCGCCGUUAUAAGAUUAAGGAAAAGUCGCUGGACAAUAGCUCGUUUGAUUUACCGAUAGAACUUCGGCCGUGGCAUGAGCUUCCUUCUCAUCCACACCAGCUGAACACACUUUACAUUAACAGCAAUGCCGAACAAGUUGAUCUUGCCGAUAUUAAAAUAAUUGACAACUCCAUCAUCAUCAGAGGCAAAGUUUUAGGCAAGGGCGCCUUUGGAGAAGUUUAUGAAGGCAUUUUGCAGAAAACCGACACCAAAGUGGCAAUCAAAGUUCUAAACAAAGGCUCAAGCGACUCUGAGCAGAUAAACUUCCUCAAGGAGGCCAAGUUUAUGUCAAAGUUCAAACACCCAAACAUCCUUCAGCUGCUUGGUGUGUGUCUGAACGCCGAACAACCGAUCAUCGUCAUGGAAUUGAUGGAAGGAGGUGAUCUGCUGAACUACCUCCGUCGCAAUCGACCCAGUCUCAAUGCGCCCAGUCCCCUGACUAUGGACGACAUGUUGGGCAUUUGCAUUGACGUUGCCAAGGGCUGCAAGUACCUGGAGCAACAAGUCAGCUCAGUACACCGAGAUUUGGCCGCCCGAAACUGUCUCGUCUCUAGUCUCGACCGAACUCAGCGUGUGGUGAAGAUUGCCGACUUUGGGCUGACGCGUGGUCUGUACAAGCAAAAUUACUACCGCAAAGAGGGAGGUCUACUGCCGGUUCGCUGGAUGGCACCGGAAUCGCUGGUGGAUGGCGUUUUUACCACGCAGAGUGAUGUUUGGUCAUUCGGCAUUGUCAUGUACGAAGUGAUGGUUUUUGGAGAGCAACCAUAUCAAGGUCUAUCAAACGAAGAAGUAUUAAAGCAUGUGCGUGAAGGAAAAACUCUCAUGCAGCCAACUGGGUGUCCCUAUGAAAU